AGCUUGACCUCAUGGACCUCAUAGGGGAAGACAGAAAAUGGAUGGUAGGAAGGAAGCUAAUGCAGGUGAAUGAUACUCUGACUUCUGAAGAUACAGGAUUCCGGAGCAGCAAGAACUGCACUGAACCAGCCCUGCAUGAAUUCCCCAAUGACAUCUUCACUAACGAGGACAGAAGACAAGGAGCGGUGGUCCUCCAUGUGCUCUGUGCCAUGUACAUGUUCUACGCGCUGGCCAUUGUGUGUGAUGACUUCUUCGUCCCUUCCUUGGAAAAGAUCUGUGAGCGCCUGCACCUCAGCGAAGAUGUGGCAGGGGCCACAUUUAUGGCAGCAGGCAGCUCGGCCCCAGAGCUGUUCACAUCAGUCAUAGGGGUCUUCAUCACCAAGGGUGACGUAGGAGUUGGCACCAUCGUGGGCUCAGCCGUGUUCAAUAUCCUGUGCAUCAUUGGCGUCUGUGGGCUCUUCGCAGGGCAGGUUGUGGCUCUCUCCUCCUGGUGUCUGCUGAGGGACUCCAUCUACUACACGCUGUCUGUGGUCGCGCUCAUUGUGUUCAUUUAUGAUGAAAAAGUUUCUUGGUGGGAGUCUCUGGUCCUCGUGCUGAUGUACCUGAUCUACAUUGUUAUCAUGAAAUAUAAUGCCUGCAUACAUCAGUGCUUCGAAAGGAGGACAAAAGGUGCUGGGAACAUGGUCAAUGGGUUGGCCAACAAUGCCGAAAUUGACGACAGCAGCAAUUGCGACGCAACUGUGGUGCUACUUAAGAAAGCCAAUUUCCACCGCAAAGCGUCAGUGAUCAUGGUGGACGAGUUGCUGUCAGCCUACCCGCACCAGCUUUCUUUCUCUGAGGCGGGCCUUCGAAUCAUGAUCACAAGCCACUUUCCCCCCAAGACUCGGCUCUCCAUGGCUAGUCGAAUGCUGAUCAAUGAGAGACAAAGACUGAUAAACAGCAGAGCUUAUGCCAAUGGGGAGUCGGAGGUGGCCAUUAAAAUCCCAAUUAAGCACACCGUGGAGAACGGAACAGGGCCCAGCAGUGCCCCCGACAGGGGUGCCAACGGGACUCGGAGGGACGAUGGUGUCGCCGAGGCUGGCAAUGAGACAGAGAAUGAGAAUGAGGACAAUGAAAACAACGAGAAUGACGAGGAGGAAGAAGAGGAGGAGGAGGAGGAAGAAGGACCCUACACACCCUUCGAUCCCCCCUCUGGAAAACUGGAAACAGUGAAAUGGGCAUUUACCUGGCCACUGAGUUUCGUCUUAUACUUCACUGUCCCCAAUUGCAACAAGCCCCGCUGGGAAAAGUGGUUUAUGGUGACAUUUGCUUCUUCCACGUUAUGGAUUGCAGCCUUCUCCUACAUGAUGGUGUGGAUGGUCACAAUUAUCGGCUACACUCUGGGGAUUCCUGACGUCAUCAUGGGGAUCACCUUCCUGGCUGCCGGAACCAGUGUGCCCGACUGCAUGGCCAGCCUCAUCGUGGCCAGACAAGGGAUGGGGGACAUGGCUGUGUCCAACUCCAUUGGGAGCAACGUGUUUGACAUCCUGAUUGGCCUGGGUCUUCCCUGGGCUCUGCAAACGCUGGCUGUGGAUUACGGAUCUUAUAUUCGACUGAAUAGCAGGGGGCUGAUCUACUCUGUGGGUUUGCUCCUGGCUUCCGUCUUUGUUACGGUGUUUGGGGUUCACCUGAACAAGUGGCAGCUGGACAAGAAGCUGGGGUGCGGCUGUCUCUUCCUGUAUGGCGUGUUCCUGUGCUUCUCCAUCAUGACGGAGUUCAACGUGUUCACCUUCGUGAACUUACCCAUGUGCGGGGACCACUGAUCCUCUGGCCACCUACAGAGGCCCAGAUCCUUCUUUUCUGUGCAAUACGAGACCUGGCCGCAGCAUCCCCCAAGUCUUGCGGGCCCUCAAGGGCCGCGGCGUCCGUCUCUCCUGUGCUGUCCACAGGCCUCCAUUCCUGUCCUGGUGGCCCAGGCUCUCCCCGCCACCUCCUUCACUCCCCCACCUCCUUGCUCCCUCGUCCCACCUGGCCCCCCUCUCACCUGCCAACUGGCCCCUCCCUGCCUCUUCCAUCUGAAGACACCUACCAUCCACGUGAAUUUUCAAGCUCCAUUUUUGAACCGUGACUGAGAUUCUAGAACAAAACUGGCUGCUAACUGGCCCAAGCCAGGCACAACUUAUUUACAAUUCCUCUUCCUUUUUUUAAGUUAUUUGAUGGAAGACUACCCUAAUUUAUGACCUAAGACUGUUGAAGAAAUAGAGGAGAGGGUCCAUUGAUGACGAGGAAUGUCUGGGAUGGUGUUUUGUUUGGAGGUAAUUCCUAGGUUACUGGGCUUGAGGGGUUGUUUUAUUUUGGGGGGUGGCUCCCCCUUUGAUUACUUUUCUUCCAGAGAUGGAGGACAUCCCUUGCGUCUUCUUUCACUGGGCCUGGAUACUCGAUGAUCCACAGGUUGUACUGCUAUGUCUUCUGGGAGUGAAUCCCAGGCACAAUGAAGUCUGCAUGGAUUUAGUGUUUAGUCGAGAAACGGCUGGGUAAGGCCACAGAGAACAGAUGUAUGACAUUUUCUGCCCAAGGAUGCUUCGCUAAGUCCCGUGGGCUUCACUUGGGGGCUGGGGGUGCAAGGUGUUGGAGGAAGAAAACUGCUUCCCACCUGUUCACUGAGACCAUCUAUUUCUCACUAGGUUCUUUCUAGUUUUACAAGCAAUAGUUCUAGCCUGCCUGAGGCCUUUGACACAGGGGCCCUGGUUACACUGUCCAUCCGCAAGGCACCAGGCAGUCAACGACAGAAGCGUCCCCAACAUGUGAGUCCUUGAGAUGUGCUCUUGUUGCUGGGUUAUUUGGGGUGACAGGGAAUGACCACAGAGGCCACCACUGCUUUCCAUGCAGGAGUUACAGACACUGGUUUCUUGGAAAAAAUGGAGAGAAGCGCAUUUUGCACAGACCUCGUCAAUUAAGUCCCAAUUUGCCACUUGGUAUCGAGUACACUGGACCCUGACGGCUGGCUCUUGGGCAAACGUCCUUUCUCACGGAAUGCCACCGCCAAGUUGGCCUGGCUCCACCCCUCCCGUCCUGGAGGGAUGGCCAGGGAAGGAGAAAGCAGAGAGACCUGACACCUUGGAAACCACAGAAUGUGUUAAACGCAGACUCGCUCAAGGGCAUAAGUUAUUGUGAACGUUUCUUUGCCAAUCACACUGCUCAACAGCCCUGCUAGAUUUUGUAUGAUGCUGAAUUAUUAUGCAGACCAAUUCCACCAAGUUGAGACACACCCAUGCUUGUUACACUAGUAUUUAUUGAAACUGUGGAUUCUUGCCCGUGCUGUCCCUUGUAUUUACUUUAAGCACUGAUCACUUAUCCAUUCAUUCGGUAUGGUUUUCCCAGUUCCUUGUACACAUUCUGGUAUGAAUUGUAAAAAAAAAAUAACCUGCUACAAAUUGGUUGAUUGUUUUCUGUCUGCGGUGCAAACCCAGGGCAGCCCUAGCUGCGGGCGCAUCUGCCCAACCGAGGAACAGGAGGGGAAAUCACUCAUUUGGGCUCUCAGAGCUAAGACACACUUAUUGAUUCUGUUGCACAUUUUGCACUGGUUUAUGGCGAUUGUUUUCUUGGACGGAUAGUGUAAAAUAAACUUCUCUGUUCUGUAUCCUUCCUCAA